AUCAGCGAGUUCCUCCUCCUGGCGUUGGCAGACACGCGGCAGCUGCAGCUCCUGCACUUCUGGCUCUUGCUGGGCAUCUACCUGGCUGCCCUCCUGGGCAACGGCCUCAUCAGCACAGCCGUAGCCUGCGACCACCGCCUGCACACCCCCAUGUACUUCUUCCUCCUCAACCUCGCCCUCCUCGACCUGGGCUGCAUCUCCACCACUCUCCCCAAAGCCAUGGCCAAUGCCCUCUGGCACACCAGGCACAUCUCCUACGCAGGAUGUGCUGCACAGGUCUUUUUCUUUUCAUUUUUGUUUUCAGCAGAGUAUUCCCUUCUCACAGUCAUGUCCUAUGACCGCUACGUUGCCAUCUGCAAGCCCCUGCACUACGGGACCCUGCUGGGCAGCAGAGCUUGUGCCACCAUGGCAGCAGCUGCCUGGGGCAUUGGAAUCCUUAAUUCUCUGCUGCACACUGCCAAUACUUUCUCACUGCCUCUGUGCCAAGGCAAUGCUGUGGAUCAGUUCUUCUGUGAAAUCCCCCCGAUCCUCAAGCUCUCCUGCUCAAAAUCCUACCUCAGGGAAUUUGGGCUUAUCAUGGCUGGUGGCCUUGUGUUUUUUGGGUGUUUUGUUUUCAUUGUUGUGUCCUAUGUGCAGAUCUUCAGGGCCGUGCUGAGGAUGCCCUUUGAGAAGGGACGGCACAAAGCCUUCUCCACGUGCAUUCCUCAUUUGGCCGUGGUCUCCUUGUUUGUCAGUACUGCCAUGUUGGCCUACCUGAAACCCCAUUCCAUCUCCUCCCCAUCCCUGGAUCUGGUGGUGUCAGUGCUGUAUUCGGUGGUACCUCCAGCAGUGAACCCUCUCAUCUACAGCAUGAGGAGCCAGGAGCUCAAGGAUGCCCUCAGAAAAAGGUUCAUCUUGGGAUUGGUGACCUUCAUCGUGUUUAUGAGUGAAAUAGAGAGUGGGAUGGAGUGUACCCACAACAAGUCUGAUGAUGACACCAAGCUGAGGAGUGCAACUGAUACAACAGAAGGAGCAGAUGUCAUCCAGAGGGACCCGAAGAAACUUGAAAAGUGGGUGAAUGUGAACCUGAUGAGAUUCAGCAAACCCAAAUGCAAGGUGUUGAACAUGGGUUGGGGCAAUCCCAGAUAUGUGCACAGGCUGGGAAAAGAACUAACUGAGAGCAUCUCUGCGGAGCAGGAUUUGGGGGCCCUGAUGGACAAAAGGCUGGACAUAAGAAAGCAGUGUGCACUUGCAGCCCCAAAGACCAACAGCAUCCUGUGCUGCAACCAAGGGGGCUGGCCAGCACGGUGA